AUGGGGAAGUCCACAUUAGCACAAUAUGUCUACAAUGACGAGAGGAUAGAAAAAUGCUUUGAUGUCAGGAUGUGGGUCUGCAUCUCACGCAAACUUGAUGUUCAUCGUCACACAAGGGAGAUCAUCGAGUCUGCAAAAAAGGGGGAGUGCCCACGUGUUGAUAAUCUUGAUACUCUCCAGUGCAAAUUACACGAUAUAUUACAAGAGUCACAUAAAUUCCUGCUAGUCUUAGAUGAUGUUUGGUUUGAAAAAUCUGAUAGUGAGACAGAGUGGGAGCAACUCCUGGCUCCAUUAGUCUCUAAAAAGUUGGGAAGCAAAGUUUUGGUGACUUCUCGACGUGAAACACUUCCGGCCAACUUAUUGUGUGAACAUGUCGUUCAUUUGGAAAACAUGGAUGAUGCUGAGUUCUUGUCACUCUUCAAACAAUAUGCUUUCUCUGGAGCAGAAAUCAAAGACCAGCUGUUACGCAUUAAGCUAGAACAUAUUGCAGAGGAGACUGCUAAAAGGCUUGGACAAUGUCCUUUGGCAGCAAAAGUUCUGGGUUCCCGAUUGAGCAGGAAAAAAGAUAUCACUGAAUGGAAAGCUGCUCUUAAGCUCAAUGAUUUAACUGAGCCCUUCACAGCUCUGUUAUGGAGUUACGAGAAGUUAGAUCCACAUCUGCAAAGGUGCUUCUUGUACUGCAGCUUAUUUCCAAAGGGUUAUAGUUAUAAACCUGAUGAAUUGGUUCACCUUUGGGUGGCAGAAGGCCUUGUUGAUUCAUGCAGUUUGAGUAGGAGGGCAAUGGAAGAAGUUGGGAGGGAUUACUUCACUGAGAUGGUCUCUGGAUCUUUCCUCCAGCUGGGUUCUAAAAGACACUCUGACAAGUACUAUAUCAUGCACGAUAUUCUUCAUGAUUUAGCACAGACACUCUCUAUAGAAGACUGCUUCAGACUAGAAGAUGAUAAUGUGACGGAAAUACCACGCACUGUUCGACACCUAUCUGUUCGUGUUAAGAGUAUGCAAAGGCAUAAGGAAAUUAUCUACAAGCUGCGUCAUUUACGAACUAUCAUUUGCAUUGAUCCACUGAUGGACAAUGCAAGUGAUAUUUUUGAUCAGAUGCUGCGGAACCUGAAGAAGAUGCGUGUAUUGUAUUUGUCAUUUUACAACAGCAGCAAGUUACCUGAAUCUGUUGGUGAACUGAAGCACCUUCGGUAUUUGAACCUCAGGAGAACUUUGGUUUCUGAAUUGCCCAGAUCAUUAUGUAUUGUUCACCAUUUACAGUUACUUCAGUUAAACUACAUGGUGAAGAGGUUGCCUGACAAACUUUGCAAUUUAAGUAAGUUACAACAUCUGGGAGGGUAUGAGAACCGAAUUCCCAACGUCGGCAAGCUAACUUCGCUACAACAUAUGCACAUCUUUUCGGUGCAAAAGAAGCAAGGAUAUGAGUUGCGACAGCUGAAGGACUUGAAUGAACUUGGUGGCAGUUUAACAGUAAAAAAUCUUGAUAAUGUUACUGGAAAGGAUGAGGCCUCAGAGUCUAUGCUAUAUAAGAAGAAUCACCUUAAAAAGUUGAGUCUUGUCUGGAAUAGCGAGAAUGGCAUGGAUGCGGAUACUUUACAUUUGGAUAUUCUAGAAGGUUUGAGACCCUCGCCCCAACUGAGUGACCUCACAAUUGAAGGUUACAGAUCUGGCACAUAUCCAAGUUGGUUAAUUGAGCCAUCCUAUUUUGAGAAUUUGGAAUGUUUUGAGCUCAAUGGCUGCAGUUUGUUAGAACGGCUACCACCUGAUACCGAGCUGCUUCGGCAUUGCUCUAUGCUGAAUAUAAAAAAUGUUCCAAAUUUGAAGACACUAUCUUGUCUUCCAUCAGGCCUUACGGAGUUGUCGAUUUGCGGGUGCCCACUGCUUACGUUUGUCACCAACAAUGAGCUAGAACAAAAUGACUUGUGGCAAACCAAAAUAAAGACAGUCCACCUGGCGUCAAAACUUGCAUCAAUGUGGGAGCUGGAUUCAGGAUCACAUAUUUGGAAUAUGUUAUCAGAGGACUGUUCAUCUUUGAAGCAGGUUAUGACACUGAUGGAUGAUGAUAUAUCACAACAUCUUCAAAUUAUUGGAAGCGCUCUGGAGGAACAUGAUAAAAUAUCGGUGAAAGAAAAUAUCAUCUGGGCAUGGCUUUUUUGCCAUGAGCAGAGGAUAAGGUCCAUUUAUGGAAGGACCAUGGAGCUGCCACUGAUUCUACCAUCAGGACUUCGUAAACUUUCUCUUUCUUCAUGCACUAUCACAGAUGAAGCUUCAGCAAUUUGUCUUGGUGGCCUUACUUCACUGGAAAGUCUACACUUGGAAUAUAAUACGGCGUUAACUACACUUCCUUCAGAAUCGGUGUUUCAGCAUUUAACAAAGCUUGACUCGUUGGGAGUACAAGGUUGUUGGUGUCUCAGAUCACUGGGGGGCUUACGUGCUGCUCCAUCUCUUUCCAGUCUUUACCGUACGGAUUGCCCUUCUUUAGAGCUGGCACAUGGAACAGAAUUUAUGUCGUUCGACUUUGCUGAGCGCCUCACGAUACGUGGCUGCAUUCUUGCAGCCGACUCAUUCAUUAAUGACUCGCCACACCUGAAAUUUCUUUUAAUCAAUGGCUGUAGAAGUUCCCCAUCCUUAUCGAUUGGCCACCUCACCUCCCUUGAAUCAUUAAUUCUAGAGUGUCUCCCUGAUCUGUGCUUUCUUGAAGGCUUGGGUUCUCUGCAGCUUAAGCAAGUAAGUCUGAUAGAUGCUCCAAACCUCACUGCCAAUGCCAAGUGCAUCUCACAGUUUCUUCGUGUCCAGGAAGUGCUAACUGUUAGUAGCUCUGUAUUGCUCAACCACAUGCUUAGGGCUGAAGGGUUUACAGUCCCACCAAAUCUUCGUCUUACACAUUGCAAGGAGCCAUCAGUUUCAUUUGAAGAACCCACAAAUCUCUCAUCUGUCAAGCGCCUGGAGUUUUGGACUUGCGAAAUGGAAUCUCUGCCAAGAAACCUAAAAUCUCUCUCCAGUCUGGAGAGUCUUUAUGUCGUUGAUUGCUCCAACAUAGCAUCAUUACCAGAUCUUCCGUCCUCCCUCCAGAGCAUAAGUAUAUGGGCUUGUGACGCCUUGAAGGAGAACUGCCGAGAGCCUAAUGGAGAAAGCUGGCCAAAGAUUUCACACAUCCGCUUGAAGGACUUCCGCUAA